GUCGCCACAUAAGUGUAUGUAGCCUACGUGUAAAACAGGGCUGGUCUGAUGUGCAGGACGCUAGCAGGAACUAGGCUUACAAGGAGGAUGUCCUUAACCCAGUGGAACACAUGAACAUGUAUGUGUGUGUGUGUGUGCUCAGAAGUGGCACCAGAUAAUUGUCGAAUUUAACCUUUCAGAAUAUCGAAACGAGUGUCGAAAACAUUCAUUUGAGAAGACCGGAGCAGCACGUGUGUGAUGACAAACUUCGUGACGACGAUCUCACUAGGAAGUUUCACGCGACUAUUUCAGCGUUCUUUGAAACUAAAUAUCUAAUAUGGAUUUUGCUGUGGAUCUAAUAUGCCUUUGAGUGCAAAACUGCGGAAGUUUGCCAGGACAGAGUUUUUAGUUCAUACUGCAGAAAUAUUGCCACGCUGUCGUUUUUGAUUUCGGGAUGUUUACUGAAGUAGUGCCCCUCUAUGGCUAAGUUCUCACACUCAGUGCUUGGCAAUGACAACAAUUACUAACAUGUUUUGGUGCUCUUAAAUUUACACCACCAGUCACAAGUGGAAUAAACAUCGUCUGUAUGGCCAGGUAAACUACAAUCAAAUCCCGUUUCUAUUAUCGCGAUAACUUCAAUAACGCCUGUAACCAUAGCGACAGAGUUGUUUCAUGUUAAUUCUGCUAACCUUUGUUGUUAAAAACGUUGGUUCCAAUUGAUCCCGUUCCUUUUGUUUAGCAUUUCUAUCUUGGCCCACAUAACGUACCUAACAACAGAAAACAUAUGUUUAUAAUUCAGUUGCGACUUGUGAAUAUUCCAGGAGUCACAUCAGCUUAAGAAUGUGACGUCAGUCUAUUUCAGUAUUGAAUUGUGUGAAUAUUUAAAAAAAAAAAAAAAGAAAAAGAAAAAAAAAUGAAGUUUAGGAAGUAUUUCAGAGGCAGUGGGAGGGUCCUGGCGUUUGUGUUUAUUGCAUCUGUAAUCUGGCUCCUCUUUGAUAUGGCAGCACUGCGGAUAUCCAUCAAUGAUGUGAAUCAGGAUCUCAAAGAGAGAGAGAUUGUACUAAACCAGGGAAGGAGGAAAGGCAAUGUAGAGGGUGUCUUGAAACAUCCGCUGCAAAAAGUAAACAUAGACAAGAGGGAGUUCUUUAAAAACAGAAACAGGUUUGAAAGAAAAGUUGAUGAGGUUUACAGAAAGUGGCCAAAGUUUAGGACAGAAACCCAAGCUCUGCUAAAACAUGACAAACAUUUGAAUCCAAUGUUAGUGGCUGGCAAGUCUUUUUUGGAACAAAAGGAGGUAAUUAAUCAAAGCAAAGUGAAUCAAACUGUGAAAUCACUUGUGAAAGGAACAAUUAGCAUCUCCCCCAAAAUAAAUGAGACAAAAACUGUUAUUAACGGCAAAGUGAACAGUAUAACUGCAAAGAUAAACAAAAUAAAUGCUGCUGUUAAUGGACAGACAGAAGCAAAUCUAGAUGUUAAAGCACAUUUACUUACUAAAGCACUGCCUGCUGUCCAGGAGAAAAUGUAUCCUCCUGCGCUCAAAGAAAACACUGUGGUGAAAAUACAUCAGACCAAUGACACACUAUUGAUGUCACGUAAUGUAGUUCAUGUAGAUGCGGGUUUACAAAAGAACUUGAGUAAUGAUUUGCUCAAACCAGCAGAGACUGAUAAACCGAAAAAUAUUAUUGACAAUAGAGAGAACCAUAUCAAUACUUUGAACAAAACUAAACCAGAUAUUACUCAAAAAGCAGCAGAAGAGGUACUGGUCUCUACUAGUGUGCGGGCGAGGAGGUCAGGUGGGCUUCAUAAGGUUAUGGCCCUAGAUGUGACAGACAUGCCCAGAGAUCUGCAGGCCAUGGGACAGUUUGGACAGCCUGCAAGAGUUCCCAGAGAUAAAGAACUGGAGAGUCGAAGACGCUGGAGUGAAGGAUAUUUUAAUGUAUUCCUGAGUGAACAGAUACCAAUAGAUAGAGCCAUUCCGGACACCAGACCCCAAACAUGUUCAGAAAAUCUUGUUCAUGAAGACCUGCCCAAUACGAGCGUGAUCUUCUGCUUUGUGGAUGAGGUUUGGUCAACUCUGCUGCGCUCUGUACACAGUGUGCUUAACAGGUCUCCUCCACAUCUGCUGAAAGAGAUCAUUCUGGUGGAUGACUGCAGCACCAAAGACUACCUGAAGGAGCAGUUGGAUGUUUAUAUGUCUCGGUUCCCUAAAGUACGUAUCAUCCGUCUGAAAGAGAGACAAGGCCUCAUCAGAGCCAGGAUGGCAGGGGCCUCUGCUGCUACAGGUGAAGUGUUGACAUUCCUGGACUCUCACAUUGAGUGUAACGUGGGGUGGCUGGAGCCACUGUUAGAAAGAGUUUACCUGGACCGCAAAAAAGUUGUCUGUCCUGUUAUUGAGGUCAUCAGCGAUAAGGACAUGAGUUACAUGCUUGUUGAUAACUUCCAAAGAGGCAUUUUCAGAUGGCCACUGGUGUUUGGCUGGAGUGCUCUACCUGAGGAAUAUAUUAGAAGGAACCAGGUCAAAGAUUCAGACCCCAUCAGGUGUCCUGUUAUGGCAGGGGGUCUUUUCUCUAUAGAUAAGAGCUAUUUCUAUGAGCUGGGGGCAUAUGACCCAGGCCUGGAUGUCUGGGGUGGGGAAAACAUGGAAAUCUCUUUCAAGAUCUGGAUGUGUGGUGGCGAGAUUGAAAUCAUCCCCUGCUCACGUGUCGGCCACAUCUUCCGCGGCGAUAAUCCUUACAAGUUCCCUAAAGACCGUGUGAAGACAGUCGAGAGAAACUUGGCCAGGGUUGUAGAGGUGUGGCUGGAUGAAUAUAAAGAGAUCUUUUAUGGCCAUGGCUACCACCACCUGCUGGACAAAAGUGUGACUGAUAUAGGAAAUCUGACAGAACAAAUUCAGCUGAGAGAAAAACUCAAAUGUAAAAGCUUUAAGUGGUACUUGGAGAAUGUCUAUCCAGAACUAGAAGCCCCUCUGGUCAAAGCUGAAGGAGUGAUUUUCAAUGCUGGAGCCAGAAAAUGUUUGGUAUUUCAAAAUGGUAUAUUUCUUUUGGAUAAAUGUGAUGUCACAAAUAAGAGUCAGCAGUUUAGCUACACCUGGUUAAGGAUGCUUCGACAGAACACUUCCUGUUUGACUCCUCAGGAAACGCAGAUUACCAUGGAACCAUGUGACAACACUAAGCCACAUCUCCGCUGGAUGCACAAGUCUGGUAAAGUUUUGACGGAUCAUGUGAUGAUAGAGAGUCAUUCCCAACCCAUCUGUCUGGAAGCUGGAGUUAAAGCUGGCAUCUACCUUAAGAACUGUGAUGCCAUCAAUUCUUUUCAGAAAUGGCAGUUCACGCACUACUAUGCUUAGUGAGAUGCUUCCAAAUAUCACUUGCAUCACAACUCACUCCUCUGUCAAUUGAUUUUUGUUUGUUAUUAUUAUUAUUAUUAUUAUUAUUAUUAUUAUUAUUGUUGUUUGUUGUUUGUUUGUUUUUAAAUAUGUGUGGUUUGAGGAAAUUGGUUUUGGUCCAUUUAAUAUCUUUGUCCAUUUGUGUUAUGCGGAUGUGCAUUUGUUAUUUUAUUUUAUUUUAUUUGUAUAUUCUUACUCAUAAUUGUUUGGGGAUCACAUUAAGAAUUCAUUUCUCUCUUUUGGCCAAUUCAGAUUAUUCAUAUUUUAGGGUUUUUGUGAGAAAUAUUUUGGAUAUUGAUAGCAAAUCAUACACAGGGUUUUUGCACAAAAAAACAAAAUUAAAUACCCUUAUGAUGAUUCUUCACAAUAAAGUUCUAGUUGUUUCUGUCAAGGA